AUGGUUCUCCAGGAACUGGUUCUCUACCGCCGACGUUCCCAAAAAUCGCCGGUGCUGAGAAUGGCACCACAGUCACCGCAACCGCAGGUUGACGAAAGACUGAUUUGUCCACCACCUGAAACUUCAGCUGGCAGUGAACCUUCACAGCCGAUGGUGUUAGAGGAGCAACUCGAUGGAGACAUACUGAUUUUGCUUGGUGCAUCACCUAAAAACGAGACCCCAAUGGGUCCAGCAAUCCAUAAGGAUAUAGCCAAUCGGUGGCAAGACAUACUUGCUAAAGGGUUGGUAAAAGACGUGAAAGAAAGUCUUUUGAAGACUUAUCUUAUACCCUCCAACUGUGACCUGAUUGCACCAGCUCUAAACUCGGGGGUUAAAGCAGCCCUGACAGAGACCUCUAUAAAACGAGACUCGUCACUUUUGUUCAAACAAAAGCAGCUAGGCGUCGCCAUUGCAGCCCUAUGUGCUGUCGCCAAUAUGAUCAUUUCGGACGAAACUGGCAAAUAA